AAUUGAAACAGAAGUCUAUAUUCGAGACGUUAUUGUCGUUUGAAAUCAUAAGUGAAUCAACGUUUCGUUCAAUCAAUUCAUUUGAUCCCAAGAUAUGGAGCGAGAGUUGACACAAAAGAUGGCAUCACUCGAGACCACAGAUGGCUGUGAAGACAGACAACAGCCAAAGAUUUACGCGAAGAACUCAAUGGACAGAUUCGGUGAUGAUUUGUGUCAACUUCUGUUGUCUUACCUUUCAUUUGGAGAUUUGUUUCAAUGCGAAAGUGUGUCCAAACAGUUCCGGAGAAUAGUCUUCGGGAGUGUUGUUUGCAUUGAUAUCAACGACCGAUUUAUUGAACAAAUACUUAAAACAACAAUCACUGAAACGUUGGCCACAAUUGCCAUAAAGUUUCCGAAGAUUGAAACCAUUGACUGCCGAAGAAUAUGGAGUACAGAGAAUAGAGAACACAUUCCCGAAGUGUUUGCCAUAUUUCGAGACAAUUGUCUUAAUUUGCGGCAAAUUUCGUGCAAUUUAUGGCAAAAUAGCGGACAAACAAUGCCUACAAUCGGACCACUGGUCACACGAAUCGAUGUUACCGAUGAUUAUAUCGACAUUCAAUCACUCACUCAUUGCCACCGAUUGUCUCAUUUGAAUGUCUUUGAUAUGGCGCAACACAUGAAACACAAGAAGACAUCACUCGAGACCAGAGAUGACGGCAAUGAAGACAACAAACAACAGCGGAUCACAAAACAAAUUUCGGACAAACAAUGCCUACAAUCGGACCACUUGUUGUCGCACACCGAUAGCCAUGGAUUCAAUCGAAAGACAUUGGAUUCGUUGGGAUUUUGUCACCGAUUAAAACGAUUAGAGUUACGCAUAUAUGCGGCCGGCGAUGAGAUAGUGUUGGAUCCGUUGAGACAAUGCAAGCGAUUAACGCAUUUAGAGUUGAAUUUAUUACAAAUGACAGCAAAUGUGUUGAAAGAUUUGCACAUAAAGUGUCCGCGACUUCAAUACCUAUUCAUUGAAGGCUCGAAUAACUUCAUAGACACCCACUUUAAGACACAGUUGUCUCACAUCUCAAGACUACCAGCGCUGCAAACGCUUGUCAUUGACUGCAAUCCAUGCACUGAUAUCUCAAAUAAUGAUUUCAAUGAUCUGUUGUCGAGAAGUCCUAAACUCAAAACUAUUAAAGCAAAUCAAUCCUCAAAUGUCUGGGAAUUUUAUUGCCGUCAAAACAAUUGA